AUGUCUACUGCUACUGAGAGUAAAAAAGAAAUUUUAAAUGAAAUUAAAACAAAUGGUGCAAUUUUGAGAUAUGAUGUUCAUGAUUUGAAAGGUAUGAUAGAAUUGUUUGAUAUUAGAAAAAAAUAUUUUGGUAAAUUCAUUCAACAUCUCUUACUUUUCAUUGCUAUCUCAUUUAAUAGAAAUAAUGCUGAUGGCACUAUGAGAAUGAGGCAAAGAAAACUUGUAUACCACAUCUUGGACAUUUUGAAAGAUGUCUAUAAAGUUAGUUCGAUGAAAGAAAAACUUCUUGAACAUAAAAUUCCUAUAAUAGAUAUUUUGGGAAAGUUUAAUCAACAAGACAAGAUAUUGCAAAUGGAUAAAACUAUUUUACAUUUUGAAAAAAAUAUGAGAGACACUAUCAAUUAUAAUAUUAAAUACAUGGGAUUAAAUGAUGGAUACGAAGAAGCACCUAUGACUAUCGACAAUAUUGGUUCAACUAUUGUUUGCUUGAAAACGAUAAAUCCAAGUAAUCUUGCAUAUGGGAUAUUUAUGCUGUACGAUAAUUCUAAGAAGGUUUUUGGAAAUAUUGAAUAUCCUGAUUGUGAUGUGAUAUUGAAUGUUGUGAUUAAUGGAGAAGAGUAUGCAGAUGAAAAUGGUACUGAAGGAGAAGAUGAUGAUGAAGAAAAUGAGGAAGAAAAUGAUGAAGAAAAUGAUGAAGAAGAUGAAAUAGAAGCUUCAGAGUUUGACUCGUUGAAAUNNNAGUUCAAUAGAAUUACUAAUUCAUUUGAUAAGAGGUCCAUUUUGAGGGAAUCUAUUUCAGAAUCUAGGAUUCCUAAAGCAAAUGUCAGAAAACAACAACUAUCUGAUGAAAUAAGACAUACUCGAGACUUCCUUAAUCAUCGUAUUGGUCAUAUUAAGAAUAUGUCAAACGAUUCAAGAUUGGACUCAAUAGCGAAUGAGAAAAAUAUAGUUCCUACGUUUUUAUUUGUAUCUACAAAUGUAGAUUGGACCAUUUUGAAAGAUAAAAUUAUUCCAAUUGUGUUAGUUGAUUCUACAUUUUUGAGAGGUGAAUUUAAAUAUAUGUAUAACAUUAUUGGUAUGACCACUGAUAAUCGUGUCUUACCUAUAGCUCAUUUAUUUUCUACGGAGUGUGGAGAAUCUUCCAUUGGGGUUAAAAUGUUAAUUAAUUUGACACAUAAAUAUGUAAAUUUAGACUGGACACAAAUGGAAUAUAUGUCAGAUCAAGGCAGGGCAAUGGAAAAAGGUAUAAGAGCUUCCACAGGUCAUUUUCCAUUGACUUGUGGAACAAAUUUGUUGAGAAACAUAAAAAAAUAUACCAAAGGUAAAGUCGUCAACAAAUUUCGUAAGCUGACGUAUACACUAGAUGAAGUUGAGUAUAAUCAGAUAUCUGAAAAACUCUUGUCUUGUUUUUAUACCAAGAAUAGGAAAUUUAGUAAUAAUACCUACAAUAAGAUUAAAACCUAUGCCUGUUUAUUUGCCAGAAGAAAAAGAAAAAAGCCUCAUUUUGAAAUAUUUACUUCCAAUAGUGUUAAAGUUUGGCACUCCAGAAGCAAAACAAUCAAAAAUGGUAACUUUAUGAAUUUAUUUAUAAAUGUUGCCUUCUGUGACGCAAAUUGUUACAAUAGAUUGUUAAAAGAAAAUUCAUUGUCUCACAAUGAAUUAACCAAAUACGGUAUUACAUAUAUCAGUAUGAAUAUUGCAUUAGCAUUACACUUUGAAUAUGCAGCUAGGCUUCCAAAUGGAUCUUAUGCUGUUAAAGUUGUUGGUUUCAAGGAUCAGCUAUCUUUGAAAGAAACAUAUGAGAAAUACUGUAAAGUAUUAUCCAGCUCAAAAACGUAUGCUUCUGUUCGGGACUCUUAUAUUAACAGCUUAGUUCCAAAAGAUUCUAUGUACGCUGAGGUAACGAGAUAUCAGUGUCAAAUCUGUUAUGAAGGUUCUGGGCUUUGUAUCUGUCCUCAUAUGAUAACAAUUUUACUUGCGGAGUGCCGUGAUAUUACGCAUAGAAAGUUGCGCCAAGAACUGACCAAUAUAAAUACCACUAACUUUGCAGCAUAUCUAAUUUCAUAUUUUGGAUUAGAAAGAGUGCUAAAAUCCCUUAAAGUUCAUGAUGUACUUUACAAUGGAUUCCGUCAAAUAGGUUCUGAACAAAUUCAAACUUCAUAUAUUAAUGUGGAGGAUGUAGUUGAAAUACGUAUCUUUGCCGCCGAUGUCACCAAAAUUAUGAAUAUGGAACAAAAUUCAUUCAAUACAUGCUCUAGUGGUCCCUAUGACAUCUUUACGUAUUCUAUUGGUGAAGUGGAAAGGUAUCAUAAUUUUCAUGAUAAUUGA